GGACACCGUCGCCGCCAUCUUCUCGGCGACCCGCGAGCGCGCAGGGGGCCGCCGCAGCCGCGCUGGGCACCAGAACGGUGCGCGGAGCGGGGUGAGGGGCCGAUGUCCGGCAGGCGGGCAGACCGCCCCCCCCCCGCCCCGCGUCAGCUGUCCGCCGCCGGCGAGGGCGGCCGGGCCGAUCCGGGCUGUUUGUCUCCUUCCUCCCCGCGCAGCCCCCCCGCGGCUGAACGCCGUCACCGGCACCGUGACGUUCGCGCGGAAGUGGCGUCGCGAAGCGGAGGACGCGGGGGCGGAAGCGGCCGCGGGAGAAUGGAGACUGAUUGCAAUCCUAUGGAGUUGUCCAAUAGUACGGGAUUUGAAGGGGAUUCUGAUUAUAGAGACUUCGAAGGAACAGAUGUGAAAGACAUGAGACUAGAGGCCGAAGCUGUUGUGAAUGAUGUUCUGUUUGCUGUCAGCAACAUGUUUGUCUCCAAAACCCUUCCCUGUGCAGAGGAUGUGGCAUAUAUCAAUGUGGAAACCAGGGAAAGGAACAGAUACUGCCUGGAGCUCACCGAAGCAGGACUCAGGGUAGUAGCUUAUGAUUUUGAUCAGACUGAUGAUGGGUUGCAAACUCCAUACCACGAAACUGUCUACUCCUUAUUGGACUCUCUCAGCCCUGCAUAUCGAGAGGUGUUUGGAAAUGCAUUACUACAAAGACUAGAAGCUUUGAAGAAAGAUAGUCAGUCGUGAUUUACCCAGAUGUGAGGAAGGUUUAAUGCUAGAAGGAAUUCUUAGUAUGAGGCACGGAGAUCUUUCUUACAAACAUAAUCACAAACAUCUUAAGCUUAAUUUCUUCCACUAAUAUCUAAUUCAUGCUACUACUACUCUAUAACAUUUUGCUACAGUGGAUUUGCAUAUAUCAGAAUGCUAUUAGAAGCCACUUGGAUAAAUAACAAAAAAGUUUCUUAUUUCACUUUCUUUUUUGUUGUAGAUGAGCAAGUAAGUUGCUUCUUACAACGUUCAAAAGAUUUGGUCUCUUUUCAAAGUGGUGUUAUCCAAAACUCUAAAAAAGUAUAUAGAGACUGAAUGUUAUAUAUACAAGUAGUAAUCUGUUUUUGUGUGUGCUUACUGAUAAUUUUCGUAUCUCCUUUUUAAAAUAGAAGCUAACUACUUGCUUUACCCAAUUAAUGAAAAAUAAUUGGAAAACUACUGUUCUGCAAAGAACAGAAUUUCAGCUUGAUUUGCUAUACAUAUAUCUGAAAAUUCUCAGCUUUGGUAAGAAGAAAGAUGUUUCUUGAACAGUUGACCAUUGCUUAUAUAGUCACAGUAUCUGAGUUAAAAGCAAGGCUCAGUAUUAUUUGAUCUGUCCUUGUCUAUGGCAACCAGCAAACUCCAAAUAAUACAUGAGAUGUACUGCUAAUGUAUGAAUGUAUUGUCUGAAUUGGAAAUGAGUUAAGCACAGAAUUAGGAUGUAAGGGGCUACAUUUCCUAAAGAUGAUGUUAUAUAUGCUAUAUAUAUAUGUAUAUGUAUGCUUUAUUGUAACUGUUUGGGAGGCUUGGAAGACAUUUUAGCCUGUUUACUACUCUGAAUGCGUGUUUACAUGAUGUACAGGAUAUAUCCAAGAGUAUUUUUGCUUCAGCCUUUACUUUCUAUAAUACAGUACUUUGGUACUCCCGUUUUUCACAUUUUCUCCCUCAAUUGUACAGCGUCCUCUCCUAAUGAAUACUAAGCAAGCACUGUAAUGUUAACUGCAUUGUAUUGGUUUGAAACCAAAGGCUGUAUGAAAUUUGCUAAGACUAAUACAAACUGGAAGAUAUAACUUGUAUUUUCUAAUUAAAAACUGGUACAAAUCUCUUUAUAAAUCUAUUGUUCUGCUGUAACUUUUCAAGUAUGUACUGAAUGGUAGACUUUUUAAAAAUUACAGUUGGUUAGAAAUACCAGUACUGUUGAACUAACGUUCUGCGAUGUUCAUACUUUUUGUAUUCUUGUAUUAUUCAGUAUUUGUGCAUCUUUAUUUAAAUAAUCUUGCCAUUAUUCUGCCAUGCUUUUGUGACAAGUACAUGCUGUAGCUUUUUUGGAGCCACACUUAGGGGUACAUCAGUUCUCAUAAAAGUCACAGAUUCCAGUGACUUCAGUAGAGCUAUAUUCACUUCUGCCUGCUAAGGAUUAGUCAUAUUAAUUGGAGAAGCCUAGUAGAGCUUUUGUAAUAGCUUUGGGGUAGUGAUGUACAACUAUGACUGACAAGACAACUGUAGUUAGCGCUUCUGUUUUCCAGAGCUUAGUUUAUUAUCUUUUGGGGUUGAAACUUCUGAUAUUAAUCCUCUGCCCUAGGGUAUGCUUCCGCGCUCUAAAAAUUGUUCAUAGGCUGUCUUUUGCACACAGGUCUGUGGCACGCGGUUAGUCCUCUGUGAGGAGAAUGUACUUUACCAAAUUUAUAUUUGAAUAUUUUUCCUUGCAACUAAUUUACUUGUUCAAUUUCAAUGACUAAAGCAUUAAAGAAAUGCA